GUUAUCAGUCACAUGAUUAAGCAGUAAAUAGCUUAAAAUGAAAAUGACUUGUUCAUGUUACAUAUUUUUGCUUUUCUAUAUGAUGUUUUUGUUUUUACCAUAAAUUUGGAUUGGACUAUAACCUCCAAUAUUUUUUAAUCUUCUUCUCUACUUUCAAUAGUUUGCGUACUGUUACAUUUGCCACGUCCUUUUGUCACAGAUACAAAGUGAUCAUUAUUGCUGCAAAUCCUGGGAAGGUAGAUACUUUCAUAUUUAAAAAUUUAACUUCCCUAAAUUAAUGGUUAUAUGCCAUAUAAAAUAUUAGAGCUCAAAACCUCUUCGUCUAUUAAUUAAGUCAUCUUGAACUCAGUAUUUCACUUACCAUAAAUUUGAUUUGCCAAGUAGCAUAGUUGUUACUAACGUUAAAAAGUAGAUAAGUGGUUUACUACCAAUUUAUAGUGCUAUAAUGAAGUCUGUGUCUCCAGAUGGAAGAAUUAAAAAAGAAAUUUUGGGAAAGGGUAAAUGGGGACAAAAACCUGCUGAAAACAGUAGAUGUACAGUUACAAUAAUGGAUUAUGCACCACUAAAAAACAUUGUCAGUACUAUUAUUGUUAUUGGAGAUACAGAUGGGGAGCUAUGGAACUUGAUAGAUAUAUGUUUAGGCACUAUGGAUGUAGGAGAAAAAUCUAAAUUUUUCAUAUCACUACCAAAUGAGGAUAUAUCUCUAAUCAUAUGUUUAGAGGAAUUAGUUUUUGAUGGUUAUAUUUAUAAAUGGGAUGCAAUUAAAAAGUUCAGUUUGGCCACUUAUCAUAAAGAAAAAGGAAAUGAUUUAUUUAAAUCUAAUAGAAAUAAAGAAGCAGCUUUAAGGUUUAUAAAAGCUCUAAAAAUACUUCAUUCAAUUCCUCUUGAUGCAGAAGAACUACCAAUCAGCGUAGAAAACUUACAAGUUUCAAAUCUUAUCAAUUUGAAAGAGAUUCUCUACAACAAUUUAUCUUCUUGUUAUUUUAGAAAUAGUCGUUGGCUCAAAGUAAUCGACAUUUCUCAAAAAGUAUUGCUCUACAACUCAAAUAAUGUUAAGGCUUUGUAUAAAUUGGGUAUUGCUUAUAAAAACGAUCGAAACUUUGAGAAAUCAUUUGAGGCUUUUUCCAAAGUGUUGAAAUUGGAGCCAGAUAAUAAGGCAUGUACUGAACAUAUGAAUGUAGUUAAGAAUGAAUUAAGAAAGGCUGACAUUAGGGUGAAAAGUAUGGUUAAAAAAAUGUUUUCUCAUUGUUAGAUGACUAGUAUGUCAUUGCAUUAGUUAUUAGUUGUAAAUGUUUUGCUGUAUUAAUGUAUUUUGCUAUUAAUUGUUAAAUCGUAGUAAAUAAAUUUUCCAUGAAAACAA